AUGCGCGGGGUGGAGCUGCUGCACUUUGCUUCGGCACUGUUACGUUGCAGGGCCACACGUGCAACGGCGUUGCUCGCGGGGGAACAUAAUGAGCACCUGCUGUUGCCCGUCUUGCAGCGCUGUGUGCGGGUGGCAGGGACUGAUAUGAGCGUGGAGGACUUGUACAAUGCGGGCACCGCACGCAGUCACGCGUGUGGAGUCGUGGAUGCGUUCCUCGAGACCGUCGCGUACGCAUUAACGACGGCUGCAGCCAACGCAGCAGAUCCUGCAGGGGGCGCCGUCUUCGCGACGCCGGUAUUGGAGGCUUUCAUGGGUGAAUGUGAGGCAACGUUGACGGACUGGGAUCUCUACAUGCUGCACCCGCCAACCGUGUACGUCCUCACGCGUCUUGUGCUGUGGCAGUUUAGGACCCCGGCGGGGGUGACGGGGGAGGAACGAGGCAGACCGGCGGAAGAGUUUGUCCUCUCCGGCAUGUUUGAGCGGCUCUGGAGCGUUGUUGCCCAGCCGCACCUUUGGAACAUCACGGAGGAUGAGCAGCUCUGCUCGUACCAGCAGCUGCAUCAUCGGCAGACGGUUGCGGCGACGAUUCUGCGCUUUCUGGAGCUCACCGCGGGGGUGUUGCGUGACGAGCCCGUGACGCAUAAGGCGAGGCGGCGGCGUGCCGUGCGGCGGCUGAACCUGCUGCUGCUGUAUCUUGUGCUGGAAAAGGCGACUGGCCCGGCAGUGGUGCACGAUGCCGCCAUGCGCGUCAUGCAGGCUCUCGGGGAGGCGGGGUUGUAUCCAGACACCCUUGCCUUCUUUCUGGACCAGAGCGCCCACAUCGUUGACGAGGCCGCGCGCGCUGUCACAGAGGAGGACUUUCGCGCCGCCGCGGCUAAUGUCCUCCGCGGCGGCGUUGGUUUUCUGCAGAGCAAACUCCUGUCAGUUUCCCGCAAGGAGGGGGUGAGGAGCGCCACAGCGCGGCAGUGGGUGGACGUUCCGUGUGCAGACGGCCCCACCUCAGUUGUGUCUGUAGCCUCCGCCGUGCCCAAGGUCUCCGAUUUUGUCGCCACCGCCGUGAAGGUUGCAGCCGACGGCUGCCGACGCGCGACAGUUGAGGAAGACACCGCCGGGGCGCUGGCCUCCGUCGCGCUGCUCGCGGAAUGCUUCAGCGUGGCUGCGGCACUCAACCGGUCCGUCCCGCAACUCGGGAUCGACGAGGAGCAGGACUGCCUCACCACCGCGGCAGAGCCGCGCGUUCAAAUUCUUCAGCUCACAGUUCUCGAGGCGGUGCAGAUGUUGCUGGCAUACUGCACGCGGAAUGACGUGGUCGCGCCUCUCGCAAUUCGUGCCCUCACACGCGGCCUCACCGUGUUUCUGACUACCCCCGCUGCGGAGACGUGGGUGCGGAAUGCGGAGGACGGCGGCGAGGGUGGGCAGCCACCAUCCGUGUUUGAGUGGGACCCAAACGCCGCGGGCGUGCUUCCGCGCAGUCACCUGCGCACGGUGUACCAGGUGUAUCUCUCUUUCUUGGCGAUUCUUGCGGAGCCCGUGGCCGGCUUCACCGCCGCAAGCGAAGCGAGGCGGCUAUCGGCGCAGGAGCGCCGGGCGCUUGAAGCCGUGCUGCCUACCCCGGCGGUGAUGGCGGCGAUGGAGGGGCUACAGGCACUCGUUGCGCUGGCCACCGACUUCCUCUCGCGGCGCGUCGUAGAGGAAGUGCUUCCCGUCAUCGUCACUUGGCACCAGCGCGGGGCCCUGCCACGCAUUCCUACACGUACCGACGAAAAGGUCCAGGCCGCCGCUAGGAAGUUUUUGCAGGAUACGUGUGUGCUUGAACCGUCCCUGGGCGAGGAGGUACGCGCCGCGUGUAGAGCCGUGCUUCCAUCUUUCAUUCCUGCCCCAGCCGAGAUUGCCGAGGAUUCGUAA